AACGGACGAUCCCCUCGAAACUGUGACUUGGUGCACCGUUGGUUCUCCAUUCAUUUUGGCAACAAAGCGUGUCAGGCAGUUGCGUCGCUCUCUCUCUGUCUCCAGGCCGCCUCGUGCUCUUGCUAACUCUUUCAUAUACACACCUCCUGAAAGCCCAGACGCUCGCACACCUGUCUUCUCAAGAAAAAAUCUACAGAAACCAGAGAUGGCCCCCGCUAAGCGAUUGAAUCUGAGCAAGUCGCGUGACGAUGAUGAGAGCUCCUCAGCCUCGUCCUCCGGCGACGAACAAGAGCGACAAACAACGACGCAGAUAACCCAGGAUAACGACGAGUCCAGCUCCGACGAGGAAUCCGACGACGAGUUCGAGAUCCCACCGGGAUUCGAGAGCGUUAAGGGCAGCGGUUCCGUGACCCGCGAGGUCGUGUUCAACAACGACCAGGAACUCUGGUUCUUCAAGCUGCCUAAGAACCUGGACGCGUCGGCACUAGCGAACGUGACGUUUAAAGUGGACGAGAGCAAGGGAGCAGCACCCGGUGAGGUGCUGGCCAAGGUCACAGCUGGAGUAGACAACAAGAACUACCUACUACAGAGCGAGGACGGUAUGCUCACGGACCAGCUCGUAAACGCACUCCCUCUUGCCUCGGACCGCGCUCGCUUCGUGUUAGGAAAGCCAUUCUCUCGCUGCUUCUCGCUCGUGGAGGACCACGUAGACGCAGUGCCUGUAGUAAAAGCCAAGAAGAGCGAGACUGUCGAAGCUUCGCCUGUAGCUGAAAAGCGCAAGAAGAAGCAUUCGUCCGACAAACAGGAGAAGCAGCACAAGUCCAAGAAGGCUAAGCACAAGAAGUAAACUCCACGUAACUCCAUAGACACUCUAUCCUCGAAGAAAUUCAUCACGUAUUUGUCAUUUCUUGCUCUCACUCAA